UCGCCUCGCCGUAUGCAAAAGAGGGCGUGGCUUCCAAGUGGUAACGGAAGUAGUGAAGCAUCACGGGAAAACAAACACGUGUGGAGCUGCGCUACAUCGCACGGAAACCCAGUAGGUUUUCACAGCUCUCCCAAAUAAUCACCAUGACCUCCAAAAACACCGUAAGCGGUGACGACCGCUUCUCCAAGGUCCAGAAGGACCCUCGCUUCUGGGAGAUGCCCAGCAGAGAACACAAAGUCAAAAUCGACAAGCGUUUCAAGUCCAUGUUUCAUGACGAACGCUUUAAACUGAAGUAUACGGUUGAUAAACGCGGCCGACCCGUCAACCAGACGUCCACCGAGGACCUCAAGCGCUUCUACAAGCUCUCUGACUCCGAGCAGUCAGACGAAGAAGAGGAGACGGAGAAGCCCAAGAAGGGAAAGAGAGUGAAAAAGGCUGCUGAGGAACCUCAAGUUGAGGAUGAGGAUGAGAGCGAUGAAUCUGAAGAGGAGGAAGAAGCCGAGAAGAUCCCGAAGCCAAACGUAGCUAAGAAAACGAAAGAGCCGCUGGUAAAGGGAGUGAGAGUUUUUGAAGAAGAUGAGGAUGAGGAUGCUGGUGUUGAAGAGGAUGAAGAAGAGGAGGGCGUGGAAGAGGGUCCUUCUGAAGAUGAGGAUGAGGAGGCUGAUGAAGAUGACGAGAGCGAGUCUGGGGAAGACAGCGACAGUGGACCCGAUCUGGCCCGAGGGAAGGGUAACAUUGAGACCAGCUCUGAUGAAGAUGAUGAUGAGGAUGAGGAGUUGGAGGACUGUCUUCGUCGUGAGGAAGAGGAGAUCGAGCAUGACUGGGGAGAGAUGUGGAAAGAUGCUCCACGCAGUGAUAACACUUCCCGACGGUUGGCGGUUUGUAACAUGAACUGGGACAGACUGAAAGCUAAAGAUCUUCUGGCUCUCUUCAGUUCGUUUAAACCCAAAGGAGGCGUGGUGCUGUCUGUGACGAUCUAUCCGUCUGAGUUCGGGAAGGAGAGGAUGAGUGCAGAACAGACUCAGGGUCCGCAGGAGCUCACCGGCCUCCCGGAGAACCCUGACGCAGACACAGAAGAGCAAAGGAUCUACCGAGAGAAAGUGCGUGACUAUCAGUUCAAGCGUCUGAGGUAUUACUACGCCGUGGUGGAGUGUGACUCGGUCGAAACCGCAACAAAGAUUUACGAGGAGUGUGACGGCUAUGAGUACGAGAGCAGCUGCUCGACGAUCGACCUGCGGUUCAUCCCUGAUGACGUGACGUUUGACGACGAGCCGAAAGACAGAGCCACUGAUGUGGAUUACAGUUCCUACAAGCCCAAACUCUUCACAUCGACAGCCACCACCACAGCCAAGGUGGAGCUGACGUGGGAUGAAACGGAUCACGACCGGGUCACGGCUCUCUGCAGGAAGUUCAAUAAAGAUGAUCUGCUGGACAUGGACUUCAAGGCUUACCUGGCCUCCUCCAGUGAGGAAGAAGAGGAAGAGGCAGAAGAACAGAUAGACGCUGAGAAGCCCGCUGAGCCUCUUCCUGAGGAGAUAAAGGGCAGUAAAGGAAAGAAGAGUGCAGAGCAGAUCGCUAAAUACAGAGAACUACUGAAGAGCUUUCAGGAGAAGGACAAGGAGAAGGAUGACAGCAUGGAUAUGGAAGUCACAUGGGUACCAGGACUGAAGGAAACAACUGAGAAGCUUGUGAAGAAGAAAAUGGAGGGCAAAGAUCAGCUGACUCCAUGGGAGCAGUACCUGCAGAAGAGAAAGGAGAAAAAGAAAGAGAAAAGGAAAGGAAAGAAGGAAGCGCUGGAGGCGGAGUCUGUGAUCAGUGAUGAUGAACUUCCUGCUGAUGUUGACUUUAAUGACCCCUUCUUCAAAGAGGAGCUCAGCUCGACAGCAUCCCUGAAAAACAAAAAGAACAAGAAGAACAGCAAGAAGGAUGAGGAGAGGACACCAGAAGAACAGGAAGAGCUGGAGAGAAAGAGGGCUGAGAUGGAGCUGCUGAUGGACGACGGUGAAGACGACAAGCACAAACAUUUCAACUACGACAAGAUCGUAGAGCAGCAGAACCUGAGCAAGAAGAAGAGAAAGAAGCUCCUGAAGAGCAACACGCCACUGGAGGAGGACAACUUCCAGGUGGACGUUCAAGACCCGCGUUUCCAGGCUGUGUUCACGUCCCAUCUUUACAACCUGGACCCGUCCGACCCGGCCUACAAGAAAACCAAAGCAACGCAGAGCAUCUUAGAGGAGAAGCAGAGACGCAGAGAGGAGCGACAGCACAGUCAGGAGGAGGCGCUGAAGAGCAGAGCCGCGCAGGAGACACCGUCAUCCUCCACUAAAGCCAUGGACCCCAAUUUAUCACUGCUUAUCAAAUCCAUCAAGAACAAAACUGAACAGUUUCAAGCACGCAAGAAACAAAAGACAAAAUGACUCUGAUAACAAGAGACUCGAGUCUGAAGUGGAUUCAUUGCUGUUUUGUAGAACGGUUGCUUUUCUGGAGUCACUUUGGUGACUAAUUUGAGCUCGGAGACAAAAUGAGAAGUUUUUGAUUAAUAAAUAUCAUACUUUCUCCUAGUUCAGAAUCGAUAAAACAUGUCUGCUUCAGACUUUUGUAAUUGCCCUGCCAUUUUUGGAUGAAAACAUCAAGGGUUUGUUUCCACUGUACACAAAAUCUCAUUGCACUCGAUGAAAUCACAGACUUGGUUCAGACCGGUUUAUUUAUAUCAGUGCUUCCCGAACCCAAACUCUGCAGUAUUUGUCUGUCUCCCUCAUCUAACACACCUGAUUCAACUCAUUCGAUCUUUAGUAGAGAGAAGAGAGAAGAAUUUGACCCGCUGUAUUUUGAGUAUUUAAGGAAACUUUCCAGUGCAAGUUAAAUUCAUUAGAUAUUACAUAUACUUUUGUAAGUAAAAUGUGAAGUGUGGCACAUUUAAUUGGUGCAGAGAUGAGCAUGGGUACGUCUUAAAAUGCUAUUUUGAGUCCAAAGUAUGUCAUUGGUGAAGAUCCAGUAGAUUUUCUAAAUUGAUAGAGAGGAGGUCAAAAAAAAAUAAAAAAUUUUUAGAUAAUUAGUGUUGUUGUGCAAUUCCCUUUUUCUGCUGUGGCAAAAACAGGUUUCUAUUGAUUUAAAGGGAUUGUUCGACCAAAAAUGAAAUUUCUAUUAUCAUUUACUAACCCUCAUGUCGUUCCAAACGUACUUAUAGAACACAAAAUAUCUUACAUUAGUCUUCAAAAUACCUUCUGUGUUCCAAACUUUCAGGUUUGCCUGAAUUUAAGUCGAGAAAAAAUUCUGCUUCCUGUUUGAACAAAGCCAAACAGAUUUAGAUUCAGUGUCACUUUUAAUGAAAAACAGACAUGUGUAAGAUGAAGAGUUAAUGUUAUCUUUAUUCAUGUUAACACAAACGCAGCUCACACAUUCAAAAAAGUCUGUUGGCACUUUCACGGGCACCUCAUUUUCUACACAACAGGCUUCCUCACUCGUGCCAUAUAUCAAAAUACAGCUGUGAAUCAACGAAUGAAUGAAUAAAAACCUCUCACACUUUAAAUUCCAGUGAAUAUGACCAGUGCUCAGAGCAUGUAAAAACAUCUCAACUCAUGGUCCAGGAAUAUAGUGUACAUGUAAGAUCCACUUCACGUCAUUAAACCCAAUCCAGAAAAGGCACAAAUUACAGAGUUAUCCGAGUUAUGUUUGAACUCCAAUCCAGAUCACAAGCAUUUCAGAAGUUAAACCAACGGAAUGAAAUGAUUCUAGAUUGAG